AGUUCAAUGAGGGCAAAUUAUGCAUUCUUAUCUAUAAUCUGGAACCAAACAUUGGUUGCAAAAUACAGUUCGAAUUCAACAUUUUUUUUUGUAUUUUAACGUUAAUUAUUGAACGAGAAACGUACAGUGCUCCUCUUAACGAAUAAACCCGUUUAACUUAGGUAUUCACCUUAUUAGCCGAGUUUAACCAACUUACUUGUUUGUAAUCAUAUAAUUGACAUCAUCCAAUCCAAUUAGAAGAGUGUAGUUGUGACAACAAUUUUUCAAGUGUAUCAGCCUGUAAUCAUUUUGAUAUUAUCUAAUUGGUGAGAUACGAAUGCAAAUACGACAUAGACAGUCGAAAUCAAAAGUGUAACAUUGUUGGCCAGAUCUGUUGAAUUUGUACAAAUUAUGAACUUUACUUUUUAUUGAUAUGUCUGGUAUCACAAUUGCAGACCAAAAUGAGAAAGUUCAACUCAAACGAGAACUGGGCCUGUUCUCGGCUGUCAACUUCAUCUUGGCCAUCAUGAUAGGAUCUGGGGUGUUUGUAUCACCCGCAUCUGCCUUAAAAUAUUCAGGUUCUGUUGGGAUGUGUAUAGUCGUUUGGUUGUCAUGUGGAAUAAUCUCGUUAUUAGGUGCAUUAGCUUAUUCGGAACUAGGUACUUUGGUACCUCGUUCCGGAUCAGAAUAUGCUUACUUCAUGGAUUCUUUUGGACCUUUACACAAAUUUUGGGGGCCUCUUCCAUCUUUUAUAUACUCAUGGAUAAUGAUUAUGGUAAUUAGGCCGGCUGAAAUUGCAGUUUUAGUAUUAACUUUUUCACAGUAUCUCUGUCAACCAAUACUUGAGAUGUUUUGUUUCGUAAAUAAAGAAGAUAUGAGUGAAAAUGUUUAUAAAAUUGUCGCUAUCGCUGCCUUAGGUAUAACAACAUACAUAAAUGUAAGUAGUGUUAAGCUGUAUGUGAAGGUUCAAAAUAUUUUUGGAGUGUUCAAAAUCAUUGCUUGCCUUAUUGUAAUCUGUGGAGGAAUUUACCAGGUCAUUUUAGGUGAAACAUCAAAUUUGGAUAGGGGAUUCGAAGGAACAACAACUUCCCCUAAAGAGUUAGCCUUAGCAUUUUAUAGUGGGUUGUGGGCAUAUGAUGGGUGGUCGUCGGUAACUGUUGUGACAGAAGAAUUGAAGAAACCUGAAGUCAAUAUUCCACGAAGCAUUUAUAUUGCAGUGCCAUUAGUAACACUUUUAUACGUUUUUAUGAAUAUUUCUUACAUGACUGUAUUGACUCCAAACGAGAUGAUUAGAGCACAAGCAGUUGCCGUAACUUAUGGAGAGAGGAUUCUUGGAAAAUUUUCCGUCAUUAUUCCAAUCGGAGUUGCUCUAAGUACAUUUGGUUGCGCGCUUAGUUUACAAUUCGGAGUAACACGAGUUUGCUACGUAUCUGGACAAGACGGUUUUAUGUUGGAAAGUUUAUCUUAUGUACACUACAAAAAACUAACACCAUCACCAGCUGUUGUUCUUCAAGGUUUUAUAUCAUUUUUGUUCAUUUCUACAGGAGAAAUUUUGGAACUAAUAGAAUUCGCUAGUUUUUUGAUUUGGUUCUUCUAUGGAGUAGCUAUGGUUUCAUUGAUUGUUAUGCGGUCAACAAUGAAAGACGCUAAAAGGCCUUAUAAAGUACCAAUCGUGAUACCAGUGUUCAUUUUGUUGGUAGCUUUGUAUUUGUGUAUCACUCCAAUAAUUUUACAACCAUCUCCUAAAUAUCUCAUGGCUCUUGGAUUCAUGUUGUUAGGGGUCCUGAUAUACUAUUUGUGUAUUUAUAAGAAUAAAAGACCAAAAUCUUUUCUAGAGGGAUUCAACCGUUAUAUUCAGUUUUUAUUUCUAGCUGUCCCACCAGAAACGAAUUGAACAUUUUUUUAUAUAACGCUUUUUUACUUUAUUGUUUUUAAAUAAAGUUUAACUUAA